GAACUUAUUGAGCGACUAUAGUGUAUGUUGCCGUGGCAUUGUCACUCUGCCGAUAAUUCUAUGUGCAAAAAAUGCAAUGCUUUGAAGAAAAAAUAUAAGCUACAUAUAUAGCUCACUGACUGUGUAAUUUGGACACACCGGAAGUAAAUGUAGUCAAGGGAAUAGACUCAAGAGGAUAUUGAAAAAAAAAAAAAACAAUCCUGAGAAUUUCGCAGAUAGUAACUACGUACGGAGGUGCGAUGCUUUCAAAGUUUGGGAUACAAGUCAUAAUUGUGUUUAUAUUAUUUCAAAUUAUAAUUGUAGGGCUACAUGUAUACUCAACCUUGUACAUUCCUUUGUUAAAAUAUGCUCAUAAAAAGAGAAGCUCUGGCCAUAUACAGAUUGGAUGUAAUGAUUCAAAUACAAAGUUUCUGACGAUUUUUACAACAUUUUCAGAAAGGGAACUCUCGCGUUUUCGAAUUCAGAAUAAUACACUUUGCAACUAUGAAAAGUUUCCGAAAUAUUUGACCGAGCGAGCUAUUUUUGCAAGUGACGGCUCCCACUUACGAAGAGAUGGAAAAUGUUGGUUGGAAACAGUUAAAUCAAAUAAGAAUGCCUCGGACUGGAACGUUAUCAAACUGGAACCUCAUAUGACUGCAGCUGGUAGACCCGUCCUGAGACAAAUGUUCAUUGAGACCCAAAAAAGAUUCAAAACAGACCUCUACAUGUAUUCCAACGGUGAUAUAUUAUUUCAUGUUGAGAAACUGAUCACUUCACUUGAAGAAAUCAAAAGAUUCACGAGAGCUCACAACAUCAGGAGGUUUAUAGUGUUCGGGGCAAGGCACGAGGCAAACUUCUAUAAUUCAACAAGUAAUGGGACUGUUCAACUCAUGUCUGGAUUAGAUGAUGAAAUCACCCAACGUGGCCAAGGUACCAAACUCGGCCGACCAGAUGCACAGGAUUACUUCAUCACAAGUAAAACCAGUUUCCCAUGGGAUGCCGUACCCGAUUACGUUGUGAGCCUUCCUGCCUUUGACAACUGGCUACUGAUGUUUAGCAACAGAGCAAACAUUUCAACAUUCGACAUUACUGCCACUAACCUUGCAGUUCACCAAGCAGGGGCCCCAAAAUUCGAAGACGAUAAUUACAGGAAGUCUAUGUCAAGUAAUAGGAAAUUAUGGAAUGAAUCAAUUAUUUCAUAUGUUGCUGGUACCUUUUUAAAUUGUUGCAAGUGGAAAACUGUACAUAAGGAAGGUAAAGUUAUAAUAGUGAAAAAUCCAACAUUCAAUAACAAAUGUAUUGCAAAAUUAAAAAUCCCUGUUGUAAACCUUUUGGAUGAGAAAACUUUUGAGGGUUAACACGAUUUCAUAAUUCACUCCCACAAAUACAGAUUUUGGACUCAAAUGGUACCUUAAAUUGA